GCGCACCUUGCAGUGAACGUCAAAUGAGCUGCGAGCAGCAUCUCUUGGACUAAUUCCGUAAAACUGUGUCACUUGACAUCGAUGGAGUCAAAUGUGACUUGAGGCUUUUUUCUGUCAAUCAGGACCCUCUUCGAUACAACAAUACCUGGCACUCGUGACUGAUCCUAAGGAGCGUGUGACCAGGAGACCGUACUACCCAUCAGAAGAUGGGGGAGUUUGCCAGCAGCAGCGGAGGGGGAGGAGGAGCCCUCGACAGAUGGGUGUGUCCCAAUGACCGCCAGCUGGCCCUACGAGCAAAGCUGGGCACAGGGUGGUCGGUACAUACUAAUCGUAUGGCACAGUUCCACAAGAACGACCAGCUGAAUCUGGACGAGCAGGAGCAGAUCAUGCGUGUCAUCAACCGUGCAGAUUAUCUCGAACAAGUCGAACAGGAGAGGAUUGGACGUCUGGUGGACAAGCUGGACAACAUGAGGAAGAACUGUAUCGGUAACGGAACCACCCAGUGUGUCCUGUGUGGGGACGAGUUCGGACUUCUUGGAGCAUCACCCACCUUCUGUGAUUCCUGUAAAAAGGCGGUGUGUUCCAAGUGUGGGGUGGACACCUGGAGUGGGGGCAAGCAGCAGCUGUGGAUAUGUAAGAUCUGCAGCGAACAGCGCGAGGUGUGGAAGCGAUCUGGUGCUUGGUUUUUCAAGGGCCUACCCAAGUAUGUGAUCCCUGAGAAGAUCAAGUCGGAGGGGAGCAAGUACCAGCGAGGUGGACGGACGCAGCAGCUGAGGCAGUCAACGAAGGGGCGUCCAGGGACUCAGUUGCGGGACUCCUACACCUGGCAUCGAGCCAGGGGCAGCUCAAGUACAGCCAGCUACGGGGAGAGCAGCGACCAGGAGUCCUCCAGCAGCUCCGAAGACGAGUACAACAUCGCCAAGCCAAAGUCCAAGAGAGGCGGAGAGUCAGAGAGUGACAACAUGAGCAUGGGAAGUCGGGGCAGUGCCCCCCACCUGUACGGGGUCCAGAGUCUGGCUGACAGCAAGAACAGCAUCACCAGCAGCAACUACCACGGGGGACACUGGAGCGCUACGGAGAGUAGCCGUGGAGACGAUCUCCAUGACGACUCGGAAAACGAUAACAAUAGGUUUAGCCGCCAGGGUUCCAUGCAGUCUGGCCAUGAAAUGACCAGUCGUCUUGCGGCUCGCCACGAGGAGGAUGCUGAUAUUGACUCUGCUGUGGACAGAUAUAUCAAGACGUCGCAGCAGGACGACUACGAUGAUCAGGUGUCUUCACCAGAUAGUGAUGGUGUGACGUGUACUUGCAGCCUCACUCGCACGCUUGAGUUCUCCCUGCUGUACGACUCCGUCAACAACGCCCUCUACUGCACCAUUGUCAGGGCAAGGGGUCUGAAAGCUAUGGACUCCAAUGGGUUGUCCGACCCCUACGUCAAACUGCACCUUCUCCCUGGGGCAAACAAGUCCACCAAGAUGAGGACGAAGACAAUUCACAAGACUCUCAACCCAGAGUGGAAUGAAACGCUCACAUACUACGGCAUCACAGAGGAAGACUGUCUCAAGAAGACUCUCAGACUGUCUGUACUGGAUGAAGAUGCAUUUGGGUUCGACUUCAUUGGCGAGACGAGAGUCCCGCUGAAGAGGAUCAAGCCGCACCAGACGAAGCAGUGUAACAUCUACCUGGAGAAGCAGCUUCCGCUGGAGAAAGAUGAUGAUCUGAUCGCUAUCCGUGGCAAGCUUCUGAUGUCCUUGCGAUACUCUACAUCAAAACAAGCUCUGAUUGUCCGCAUCAUACGCUGUGCGGAGCUGGCAGCCUGUGACACUAAUGGCUACUCCGACCCAUAUGUCAAAGUCUACCUGAAGCCUGACAGAGACAAGAAAUCCAAGUUCAAGACUGCUGUGAAGAAAAGAACGCUCAAUCCAGAAUUCAACGAGGAGUUUGUGUACGAGAUCCGCCACAAUGACGUGGCCAAGAAGACACUUGAGAUUACUGUGUGGGACAAGGACAUUGGCAAGGCGAACGACUUCAUCGGUGGAGUUCAACUUGGCAUUAACACUAAGGGAGAUCGGCUCAAGCACUGGUUCGAAACAUUGAAGAACCCAGACCGCGAGUUCCGCCGCUGGCACAUUCUGUCAGCCGAGUUGACACCUGAGCCGGAUGAAUAUUAGAUGGCAUUCCGUUACCAUGACAACAUGGCCUUCAUGAACUUACAGCGCGCUUUCACAGUAGACAAGGCUAGAUGCACACAUGAUGACCAGCUCUUGCUUGGAGUGGAGGACACAGGAUUGUCUCCCCUUAGACCAUCAUCCUUCACAGCAGUAACCUCCCCUGGAAAUUCAAUUUCAUCAUGAAUAUGAUAUUUUGAUUGGCUGUAUAGUUUCAGAUAUUAUCUGUCAUUUAACAUCAAGCAUUUAGGAACAGUAGGUUUAAUAAAUGUCCUGGAAAAAGUGACCAUUUUGGGACAUUUUAUAAGUACUGUCUCUUGACAUCAAUCCCUGUCAAAAACAUCAGUGAAAUGAGAGUUAUCAGGUGAUGAAAUUAAGAUCAUCGACAUAUGAUUAUAUUCAAGUGCUUAUAUGUUUGAAAGCGAUAUGAAAGGUCUAACCUCUACUUGCAUGCAUCUUCUAUGCAUGCAGCUUGACUCCUGAGAGUUUCUAGGACUUCUGUCCUGCCCCACAACAAAGCACAUGUGAUACAUGUGGUCUCACCUUAGGCAAGUGAGUUUGUUCAA